AUGUCUCUCAAAGUCUUUAUCCUUUAUAAAAUUAUAGGAAGACACAAAUACACUGACGAUGAUAUUGUAUCUCAUCAUCAGCUGAUAUUCAAAACGUCAAAAGGACAUUUCUAUUAUACAGAAUUAACAAAUGCUGAUGAAAGUGCUACUUCAACGUCCACCUCGUCUUCCUUGUCUGGAAUUGGGCCCAGAGUUAAAUUAACAUUUGGAAAAUAUGAUUUUUUCCGUGGAAAUAUCUAUUAUAAACCAGUUGGCAUUACAUCGAAAAGUAAAGAACAAAUUAAAAAAUAUGUUGACGAGCAUCGCUCUCAAAAUACAAUCUAUGAUUUGUGGUCGAAUAAUUGUCAGCACUAUGUGAAAUCUGUUAUUAAAGAUUUCUUAAAAUUAGAGUAUCCAUCUGGUUCGGUACAAAUGGCUAGCAAACCAGAGAACCUUACUUUAGGUCCUUCCGAAUCUUCCAGUUCUUCCAGUGAAAGUAGUAGUUCAUCGCCUGAAAUUGCUCGAGGAGGACGGUGGUUGAGUACUCCUCGAUUUGACCCGUCGCGUAUUUUGAGAAACGAUGGGUGCUUCGGUACUCCUCAAUUUGACCCGUCACGUAUUUUGAGAAACGAUGGGUGCUUCGGUCGUCCUCACUUUGGAUAA